CGGGACACGGCCAACCGCCUGCGGAUCCAUUCCAUCAGGGCCACGUGUGCCUCCAGCUCCGGCCACCGCACGUCGUGCUGCAGUGCAGCGGAGAUCAUGUCCAUCCUCUUCUUUCACACGAUGAGGUAUAGACAGAGAGACCCACAACACCCCGACAGCGGCCGGUUCAUCCUCUCCAAGGGCCGUGCUACAGUGCUCUAUGCUGCUUGGGCAGAGGUGGGCAGCAUCAGGGAAGCCGAUCUGCUGAGCUUGAGGAAAAGUCACUGAGACUUGGAGGGACAUCCCACCCCUCGACUAGACUUGGCAACAGGGUCCCUUGGGCAAGGAUUAGGCGCUGCCUGUGGAAUGGCUUACACUGGUAAGGACUCCGACAAGGCCAGCUACCGGGCGUUCUGCCUGAUGGGAGAUGGUGAAUCUUCGGAAGGCUCUGUCUGGGAGGCUUUGGCCUUUGCUUCCCACUACAGUUUGGACAAUCUCGUGGUAGUCAUCGACGUGAACCGCUUGGGACUAAGUGGCACCACACCCCUUGAGCACUGCAUAGACAUCUAUCAGCAUCGCCGUGGCUUUGGGUGGAAUACUUACACAGUGGAUGGCCCUGAUGUGGAGGCCUUGUGCCAGGAGUUUUUGCAAACCUCUCAAGUGAAGAACAAGCCUGCUGCUAUAGUUGCCAAGACCUUCAAGGGUCGGGGUAUUCCUAACAUUGAGGAUGCACAAAAUUGGCAUGGAAAGCCAAUGCCAGAGGGAAGAGCACAUGCAAUUAUCAAAUUAACAGAGAGUCAGAUACAUACCGACAGGAAUCUCAUACCAAGACCCCCUGUUGAACAUUCACCUCAAAUCAGCAUCACGAAUAUAAAAAUGACCUCUCCACCUGCUUACAAGGUUGGUGACAUGAUAGCUACUCGAAAAGCAUGUGGUUUGGCUCUGGCCAAACUGGGUCAUGCAAACGAGAGAGUUAUGGUUCUGGAUGGUGACACAAAGAACUCCACCUUUUCUGAGAUAUUUAAGAGAGAACACCCUGAGCGUUUCGUAGAGUGCUUUAUUGCUGCCACACGUGAUCGAACCAUUGCUUUUGCUAGUACCUUCGCUGCCUUUUUGACCCGAGCGUUUGAUCAGAUCCAUAUGGGAGCCAUCUCUCAAGCCAAUAUCAAUCUUAUUGGUUCCCACUGUGAGAUAUUCAUUGGUGAAGACGGACCUUCCCAGAUGGCCCUGGAGGAUCUAGCUACGUUCCGAAGCAUUCCCAAUUGCACUCUUUUCUAUCCAAGUGAUGCUAUCUCAACAGAGCAUGCUGUUUAUCUGGCCAACAAUACCAGGGGGAUAUGCUUCAUUCUAACCAGCCGACCAAAAACUGCAGUUAUUUAUACUCCACAAGAAAAUUUUGAGAUUGGACAGGCUAAGGUGGUCCGCCACAUUGUCAAUGACAAGGUCACAGUUAUUGGAGCUGGAGUUGCUCUACAUGAAGCUUUAGCAGCCGCUGAUGACCUUUCUCAACGUUUUUCUAUCUGUGUCAUUGACCCAUUUACCAUUAAACCCCUGGAUACUGCUGCAAUCAUCUCCAGUGCAAAAGCCACAGGUGGCCGGGUUAUCACAGUGGAGGAUCACCAUAGAGAAGGUGGCGUCGGAGAAGCUAUAUGCGCAGCUGUCUCCAGGGAGCCUGACAUCCUUGUUCAUCAGCUGGCAGUGUCAGGAGUACCUCGAAGUGGGAAACCUAGUGAAUUGAUGGAUAGGUCUGGAAUCAGUGCUGGACACAUCAUAGCAGCUGUGAAAUCUACUUUAAUGAACUAA